UGUUGCGUGAAGAGUGAAGACCGUCCGUCGUCUUUACUUUGCUACUCGUCCCACAAAGAAUUGAUAAAUAUUGCACGAUCUAUAAAGGCACAAAACUGCUACUCGUAUGUUAUACUUGGGUGCUCGUAUCCAUCCAAAGAGUACAUAAGCAUUGUCCGAACAAUGCCAAAUCAUAAGAUUUUCUCUUUUCAAAAAGUAUCUUUAUUCUGCCCUUCGACAACAAUUAACAACCAGCAAACGAGAAUAAAUUUAUAAGAAACAAGAUGGAAUCGGGGGUCUUCUUUUCGUUGAGAAAGCAUUUAGCUCGCAGAAAGUGGAGAACGUUGAUCGCGUCAGCAUCAUCUUUUGGCCAGUAAUUGCCGUACCGUGCCGUGCCGUGCCGUGCUAAUGCCGUGUUGUGUUGUGGUACGCUUUUGUGGACCGAUCGCGAUCUAUAAUCACCCAUUGCAAUUAUUAUUAUAGAUACUCUAUUCGUAUCGUAGACGUGGUAUGUGGUCGUGUAAUCUCAAGAAGAUACAUCUGCGACGUCUAUUUCGAGUGAUAGCCGACGAUUUUAUUAUCAUAGUUUGAGCAAAUAGCGGUUGUGAAGAUAGCAUCAGAAUUUCGCCAUAUCCCCUAUAUCGCCAGAAGUAACAAGAAGCGUGCAGUUUUAAUUUUGGAAACUUGUCUCCCGUUUAUUGUUUGUAUUGUGCUGUGACUCAUUUCCAAACAAAAAUUCUAUUGAAUUUAAUUCGCGAGGCGAGUAUUCGCGAUAUUACUCGGACUAUUUAUAAAUUAAAUUGCCGACCGACCAAACGACCACGACGACGAGACGGGACGUACGUAAGUACACAAACGCGUGUCUUGCCGUCUAGGAGCGGCUAAAUUCAAAUUAUCCAUCAGUAGUGGCGUCUUGGCGUGGGUGUUGAACUGAUAAUUUAAAUUAAUUGAACGGUUGCUGUUUUUGAAUACAUUUUAAUAAAUAAGCUUGUUAACUGUUCACACAUAAUUUAAGUGAGCCUGCGGCGUUGAUCUUGAUAGCAUCUGGAUUUUGUUGAAUCGCAGAUAUUUUAUAAGGAAUUUUAUUAUCUGUAUUUUUUUUAUUUAAUAAUACCUCCAAUGUGCUUUUUAUAGAGUGUUAGUGUUAGUGUAACGUGAAUGUGUAUGCGUGUGUUUGUCGGCGUAGAUAACUCAUUUAUUUGCACUACUUGUCAUCGUUAUUCUCGCAAAGUGGGUUAUAAUCAUAUCGUCUGUUUGAUUAGCAUCUUAAGUAACUUUGUAUAGCAUUUGUAGAUACAUAUUUCAACGAAAAAUUUAAUUAAUGAUGAAUAAUACGCGUAAUAUCUGUGACCUUGAAUCAAAGAGAUAUUUUCAUCCCCUUAAAGUGUGGUGAAUUAAGAGUGGUGAAUUAUUAAAUAUUUUUUAUUUCGUACACAUUUAUAAUUUCACUUAACAUGGCCCGUAAAUGGGAUAGAAAAAUGAUCCUAUCCAGUAUUUUACUUGUGCUGAUAUUUAUCAGGCACAAUGUCUUAGCUUCAUAUGCAAGCGAUUUCAAGCCGAAAUGGAACGGAAUCAACCAGAAUCAGCAACCCUUCCAUCUGCAGCAAACACACACCACUCAUCAGUCAGUCCAGUUUGCUCAUCGCCAACAUCGCCAUCAUCAUGACGCCAGCAACAUUCACAAAAAUAAUCGUGAGAUGCACAUAAAACCCAAACACAAUGAGACCAAUGACGGAACAAUGGUCCAAGUCAAAAACGUCAGUGCGAAUAAUAACCGAAGUCGAGUCAAUGUUAAUUUGAAUAACUACGACGCGCCCACGAGUGCCAUCAAAUUGGAACAUAAUGCAAGAUCGUUUUGGUCUCACAACAAUAGGCAGUCUAAUCAAGAAAACCAUCAGCAACAUAAGGAACGCAGCUUACAAGCUCAAAACAGUCAAGGAAAAUUUCAAGAAAAACCACCCAGGAAUGAUUAUGUUUACACGGGAAAGAUAAGUCACGAAGAUCUAGGGCCCAAGACUAGGUAUGGGAGUAACAAUGAUUAUGACAAUAGCAGACAGCAUCACCAUCAGGAAAGCCAGCAGAAUAAGGAACGCAGUUCACUAGCCCGAAACAAUCAACGAAAAGUUUUGGAAAAAACGUCAACGAGUAGGAUUGAUUACGUUGAUCCGGGCAAAGUUAGUCACGACGAUCAGGGGUUCAAGAGCAAGGAUGAAUACGAUGAGGAUUACGACGAAGACGAUUACUAUGGCGAAGUUGAUGACAAUGAGAACACGAUUGAAGUGCGGCGGGAUGAAACUGAGACUGAAGGUGAAAUACCUGACUAUAUGUUGGAUGAAUCCGAUAGCCGAAAGGAGGAGGUAAAGAGUGCGGAUGGAGCUGCACAUUUUGUGAUCGCAGCCGAAACUGGUCGAAGGCAAGAUGUGGAUUAUAAUUCUCAAGAAGAAUAUUUAAAUGAUGAAUCAAAUCCGUUUAACGAGGAGCAAAAUCAGAAUAUGAGUUUUACUGAUAGAAAAUGGAAAUACUUAGGAACUCCUGAUGCUGUACGGGAACAAUUUUUACAAAACAAAGUCUCAGAAAACGCUAAGCGACUCAGAGAAGAAGGUAAAUGCCGCUGGCCACACCCCAAAGUUAUUCACGUCAUAGAAGCAUCAGACCGCUUUGUUCCACAUUGCACCAUAUUACAUCGUUGUGCUGAUGAUACAGGAUGCUGUAAUGAUGAUAGAAAAACAUGUGUAGCUAAAUCAACAGCACUAGUGGAUUUGUACUUUUAUAUUACUCCUUUUGGCAAUAAAUCUAAAACCAGUAUAGGUUUUCGGACCUUUGAAAACCACACAGAAUGUCAUUGCGUUGAAAGAAAUAGAUAUCGACGAACUCCUAGGCAAAAUAGUUUAAUAAUUUCCUCAAAUACUGCAGCUUCCAAUGAGAACUGCAGAUGUCCUGCUCAUUUCCGUGUCGUUAGGGAAAGAAGUCAAUGUAGGUGUGAUUGUUUAUCAUGGAGUCAAAAGUGCUACGAUCUUAAAGAAGGAAACGAUCGGUUUCCAUAUAAGGAUCAAAAAUGCAUCUCAGAAAAUAAAUGCCAAAAGCCAUUUUGUGAAUAUGGUCAUUAUAAUAAAAACAAUGGACGUUGCCCUAAGUUGAGCAGACCUACAUCUCGAAAAAACACCAGAUAUUCAAGUGACGCUGAAAGCAAAGUAUUUAACGGACCGUCAUAAGAUUAUUUUAAUUAUACUUAAAAUGUAGUUAUAUAUAAAUAUUAUAAUGUUUAUGUCUAUCUGCUUAUGUAUAUCAUGUAGAUUUAAGAGAGGCAUUUUUAAUUUUAUAUUUAUUUAGUGAUUUAAUUAUUAUUAUGUAUGUACUUAAAAAAAUUAUACUUAACUAUUUUUGUAUGUUACGUGUGUUGUUUCUAUUGAUUGUUCAUUUUGAAGAAAAUAAAUAAAUCUCGUUUGUU